AUGUCUCAAUCCCUCUCAAGCAACAACGCCAGCGACUCCCCCGGAGUAUCUUCCGGGGCGGCAAAGGGUUUCACUCAACUCGCGGAUGUUGCUCCAACCUUGGGAACCUCGAAGGCCCUUCCGGCGGCCCUCAAGGCCAAUCUCGACAGAGAACUGGCCCUGCUUGCCAACAAUCCCCGUCUUCUCAACAUGCCACCAGAGCACCCAGAAAAGAUCGCGUCUGCCAAGCUGCCCCUUGGGAUAGAGUUGCCAUCCAAGACGAAGCAAGAGCUGCUGCUGGGCUGCUCGACGAUUGACAUGACGAGGCGUUGGGUCCCCAGAACGUAA